CUUUAAUCCAAAAUUAGGAGAGAUUCCAAUUUCCACUUUCCUCACACGUUUUCUUCUGGAGAGCAGAUCUGAGAACACGCAUCUCGCCUCAUCCUUUUAUUUAUCAGAAAUAUCGGAUCAGAGAUUAUCACAUAACUCAGCGAAAACACUCCCCUCAACCCAUCGGAAACCCCUCCAUCCUCUUGUCCGGCGUUUUCACGAGCAACACCUUCAUAUCUUUCGCCGGCGACAACCCUCGUUACCCUCUUCCUCUGUUCGCGAAUUGAACGACCCUUAUCGCCGGCAUCAAUCGCUGACGAGCCCUGCCAGCGACGCCACGCCGUGAGUAAGCCCUCGCGAGCCCUUCGCCGGCGUACUGUGUGUGACCCAGCCCUCGCCAAGAGCCCAGCCGCGGGCAGCAGCGAACAACCACCGCCGCCGAACCUCUGUCCACGAGCAGCCUCGCCGGCGUCCGUUCACCACACGUCGCCGCCGCCGUGAGUUCCACGCCCUCAGCCAAGCCUCGCCGCGAGCAGCGCCGUCGAGGAAGGGCGAGCGAGUUGAGAUCCACAGCCGAGGUCCCUUUUUCCGACCACCAUCGCGACCACCGUGAACUGCCGUGCUCCUUCGCCGGCGGCCGUCCUUGUUCGAACAGCACCCCGUCGGAAACACGCCGACCGAGCCACCGCGAGCCUCAGCCGAGUCCCGUCGAGGAAGUCGCGAUCUUGCACCUUGCCGAGGAGAUCCACGCGCGCCACGCUGAGCCGCCUCUCAGCCCUCACGCACGCCGGAAGCCGCGAACCACAGUUCCGAUCUCUGUCGUGCGUGUAUACUUCGGAAGGAGCUUGAGAUCGAAAAUGAGUCAGCAAGCAGAAAAGGAAGAAGAUAAAGGGCAUAUUCCGAUUAGCCAGAGGCCCGAAUGGGCGGAUAUAGUGCCUGUACCACAAGACGACGGCCUGAAUCCAGUGGUGCCAAUUGCUUACACUGACGAGUUCAGUGAGACCAUGGAUUACUUCAGAGCAGUGUACUUGGCCGAUGAGCGAUCCCUACGUGCACUUGAACUCACUAAAGAAGCCAUUCUUCUCAAUUCAGGAAACUACACUGUUUGGCAAUUUAGACGUCUAGUACUUGAGGCAUGCAAUACUGAUCUACAUGAAGAAUUGCAUUUUGUUGAGCGGAUCGCUAGAGACAAUUCCAAAAACUAUCAAGUAUGGCACCACCGACGGUGGGUUGCCGAGAAGCUUGGGACUUGUAUAACAGGUAAGGAGCUUGAGUUUACAAGGGAAAUCCUCUUUAAGGAUGCAAAGAACUAUCAUGCCUGGUCCCAUAGGCAGUGGGCUCUUCAGGCCCUUGGAGGAUGGGAAGAUGAGCUUACCUAUUGUGAUGAACUCCUUGAAGAUGAUAUCUUCAAUAAUUCUGCUUGGAAUCAGAGAUACUUUGUCAUAACUCGAUCUCCUUUCCACGGCGGUUUACAGUCCAUGCGGGACCCAGAAGUUGCUUAUGCUAUUAAAGCCAUUUUAGACGAGCCCGAAAACGAGAGCUCAUGGAGAUACCUGCUGGGGCUCUACAAAAAUGAUCCUAAAUCCAUAGACAAUGAUCCUCGUGUAGAAUCAGUCUGUGUGGAUGUUUUGAAGGGAAAAAGAGAGUAUGUUCACGCAUUGAAGGUGGUUUUGGAUCUGCUCGGUUGCCAUGACUACAAACCAAGCAGUGAAUUGAAGAACGCUAUUGAUGAAUUGUUGUCUGACCAGAACCUGAACCUGGAUUUGGAUUUUGCAGAAAAAGUGUGUUCAGUUUUGCAAUUGGUUGAUCCGAUGAGAGCAAACUAUUGGGAGUGGCGCAGGAGCACUAUUCUUGUUCAGCCUUAAAAUUACUUGGUUUUGAGUAGUGACGUCUAUCGAGUCUUGUUCCUAAAAAUUUAGUAAAUUCUGCCCUUUUAUCCUUUGAUUGUGCUGAGCUGAGGUGAAAGUUGAAACUAUGGUCAAAUAUGGAAAAUGGUAAAAUAGUAAAAAAAAUCAGAAAAAUCGAUCUUGUUAAAUUCAUCUAAUCUUCAACUCAUCUAGAUUUAGGUUCUAUAUCGUUGCACGUUAUAAUCCUUUUAUAUUAACAUGUAUGUACUGUU